UGUAGUCAGAGCGAUGUGACACUUUGGCGGUGGCUGUUGAUGUUACCAGUUACUCAGUAGUAGUUUUCGUGGAGCUUUGAUUGUCGUCGGCGUAUGUGUGGACUAAUUUUUUUGUAAUUUUAACCAAAAUAAACACGUUGUUUAAUCACAUUUGUAUAUAUAAAUUAUGGUGAGUGAAAAAAUGGUGAUCGACAUCGACAAUCUCAGCGAAGAAGGCGAGUUAAAGAGAAGUCCAGAUAAGCAGAAUUUUUCAGAUGACGAUGCUGACACACAGGAUUCGUUGGAGAUCAAACCACCACAGGCAGUGAUUCAUCAUAAGAAGAGCAACUCCCAUCGAAGGGACAAACAUUCUGAGAGAACUGGUGAGCGUAGAGAUAAAGAGUAUAAAUCUUCUAGGCAUCAUGAUGAUAGGCAUCAUAGAGAGAAGCACAGAGAAAGUAGGUAUCGGCGUCAUGAGCCCGAUCAGUACGAAAAAACAAGGCGUUCUGAACCUACAAAAAGAGAUAGAGAUUCUUCUAGGUAUGAAAGGAAGGAGCGCAGUACAGGUGAUCGGGUGUUUGAGGAGGAUUUGAGAGAGAGACUACUGGACAAACGAAGAGAAAGACGAGAUGAUUCUCGGGACUAUAAAUUGGAGCCUUCGCGCAGUGUCGAAUCUCGCAGGGAAGAAUUAUCGUCUCAUCGAAGGGUCGUCAUUACUACUGAGGAUCCUAGGGAACAACAGCAAUUGCAACAACGAGGGAGCAAUGGGAGACACUCGAUGCGACACAGUGAUCCAAACAGAGAAAAGAGACACAAAAGGUCUCACAAACAUGAGAGAAUUAGAAACCGUCAAAAGGAAAUGACCGAAAGACAAAUUGUGCAUAGAGGAAAGCACUUGAGAGAGCAGCAAGAAGAAGACGAACAGCCAAUGGAAGUAGACGACUACGAUGAUGCACCACAAAUCGAACCCGAGCAUCAUCAUUACCAUCAGCAACCGUUACCACCGCCGAAAGAUCCCAAAGAUAUGACCGAACAAGAACUUCGUCGUCAACGUCUUAUUGACGCAGAACGAGAAAUGGCCUUGAUGAAGAAGAACUCACAUAUGGCACUGGAAGCACGUCGACAAAAACGUGGAGGUGAAAAACGAUCACACAGUCCUGAAGACGAAACGCUUGAUCCAUCAAUAGUCCAUUUAUCCGAGGAUGAAAGUGAGGAAAAAUCUGAUCACUCCAGUAGUGUUAGAGUGUCGAGUGGUGAUCGUUCUGAAGAUUCUUCAGAGGAUUCCAGCAGUUCAUCUGAAAGUGAAGAGUCUACCGAGUCACCUAGUACAAGAAGUCGAUCGGAAUCUGAGCAUCUACGAAGUCCAGCGGAAAAGUCAGAUGUUCCACCGUCGCCAGAGCCUAUUCCUGAAGAAAACAUAUCGAAUGGUAUAGUUAAAGAGGAAAAGAAAGAAGAAGUUGAGCCUGAAGUUGAACUGCCGCCAUAUUUUCCAGCUAUUCAGGGUUGCCGAAAUGUUGAAGAAUACAAAUGUCUAAACCGAAUAGCCGAAGGUACUUAUGGUGUUGUAUAUAGAGCCGAGGACAAAAGAACGAAAGAAAUAGUGGCCUUAAAAAGAUUGAAGAUGGAAAAGGAAAAAGAAGGUUUUCCAAUUACCAGUCUACGUGAGAUCAAUACACUUCUCAAAGCUCAGCAUCCUAACAUUGUUACCGUACGCGAAAUAGUCGUGGGUAGUAACAUGGACAAAAUAUUCAUAGUAAUGGACUUCAUCGAACAUGAUCUAAAGUCAUUGAUGGAGACGAUGAAAUCGAAGAAUCAAGUGUUCAUUCCAGGUGAAGUAAAAUGUUUGAUGCAGCAACUGUUGAAAGCCGUUGCUCAUUUACACGACAACUGGAUCCUACACCGAGAUUUAAAGACGUCUAAUUUACUACUAAGCCAUAAGGGAAUUUUAAAAGUUGGUGACUUUGGGUUAGCAAGAGAAUAUGGGUCACCUCUUAAACGAUACACAUCUAUUGUUGUGACACUCUGGUAUCGAGCACCGGAAUUGUUACUUGGUAGCAAAGAAUACAGUACACCAGUUGAUAUGUGGUCUGUCGGAUGUAUCUUCGCUGAAUUGCUGAGAAUGGAAGCAAUUUUUCCAGGAAAAUCAGAGACAGAUCUUUUAAAUAGAGUAUUUAAAGAACUUGGCACUCCAAAUGAUAAAGUUUGGCCAGGAUAUAGUGAAUUGCCUUUGUCGAAGAAAAUGGUUUUCGCUCAUUAUCCUGUCAACAAUUUGAGACAACGAUUUGGUAUGACCCUGACGGAGUUAGGGUAUAGUCUGUUAAAUAAACUUUUGACCUACGAUCCAAAGCAACGAAUCACAGCGGAAGAUGCAACAAAGCACGAGUACUUCUCGGAAUCGCCAUUGCCAAUCGAUCCAUCGAUGUUUCCAACGUGGCCGGCAAAAUCAGAGUUCGGUCUGCGUACAACAAACGCAUCGCCAAAGCCACCCAGUGGCGGCAAAGAAUUUAAACAACUUGGAGAUGAUGAAGAUAAUGCUAUUGGUUUUCAUAUGGGUUCAAGAGAAGCUAGCAGACAGCUACCAGUUGGUGGUGGCUUUCACCUUAAAUUUUGACCGAUUUCGUCCGCACAUCGUUUGUGUAACAAGGACACGAGCGCAUAGGCAUAAAUACACUGACUUUAAGACUGUACAAAUUUAUAUUAUAUAGAUGAAUGAAUAUAAGUUUAUUAUUGCAUACAAAUUCAAAG